CUUUCUUGUCCUAAAGCUGCUUGGGCACUGCCCAAUGCCCUACGAUGCCGGAACACCCCAGGCCUCUGAAGGACAAGGUGCUAGAAGUGGUCUUUCCCGACGGCCACGGAGAUGUGCGUGUUGCAUCAGUGGAUUUGCGAGGAGGAGCGAUAGUAUUGCAGGAGGCGGGAAUAGGUGACAACAUGGAGGUUCUGGCCCAAAAUCCUGUCAGCUUUCGAUUUGAAGAUGUGAGUGCAGCCGUUCCGAGCGGUUCUUCCGUGAAGAUCAUGGCUAAGAAGGAUAAUAAGGUCCUGGUGCAGAUGAACUUUGCACCAGGCAAGGUGGCCGAGCCGAAGGCCUGGGCCGAUGUCAUCAACCAGGCGCUGCAUCGUGGGCCUGGGCCCUGCGCUGGAUCUGCAGCCAAAGGAGUCGGAGAAGGCCGCAGCGAGUCUGACAUGCUGAGAGCCUUGAUCGCAAAGCGCGCAGACCAGGUGAAGCUCCUGGAGACCUUGUCGGAGCGCAAGGACGAGCAGCUCAUCCAGCUGCAAAAUCACCUGGAGGGGGUGCUUGAAAGACUGCAGCUGGGUCAAGACUUGUACACUGAGCAACAGCAGGUGAUCCAGGCCCAGCAGGCCAAGGUGGAGGAGCUGCAGUCGACGCUGGAGGCGGCUGCAGCCGUGGAGGCAGCCUGCGAGCGCAACGCGGCCCAGGCCGCCGCAGGCGCCCGGGCGGCCGCCAGGGCUGGGUCCCAAGGCCUGGUGCCAGGCAACCUUCCGCCGAGACAAAGGAAGGAGCAGAUGAAGCAACAGAGUGGUGUGAAGCAGAGCAAGGACUCGGAAGACGCUGAUUCUCAUAAGGUGUCCAAUCCCAUGUCCAGAAGUGCACGAGGUGAAAGAUCCCAUGGAAGCUGCUAACCUCAAGCCCAGCAGAAUCAGCUCGGCGCCCAGGGCAGAAUCGCAGAAUCCGAAGGCCGGAAGUGGACGAGCAACAGAGGCGCCGGCGGUACGGUGAUCGUUUCAGAGAAUUGGAGUGCAACGAGCACCCAUGGAGACAGGGACUGUCACGACAUGUCACGACGGCUCAUGGCAAAUGUUUUGUGAAAGAUCGGGGAAUGGAGAAAUGGCCGGAAGUGCCUUCCCCUACAGCCAUGGGCGCACGGCCAAAAAGAAGUGCGGACUUGCAUUCAAAUGUUUUGAACCUUGCUGUGCAGA